AUGUCUCUGAACCAGAUGCAAAUCAAGCAGGAGCUCACGCUCCCACCCGGUUUGGGUAAAACCGCCCCAAAACAGAGCCCGGAGCUGUCGCAGCAUCCCCAAAUCCCGGUGCCCGCCCCGUGCCCCGAGACGCUCCCGGCUGUGCCAAAAUGCCCCGAAAAAGCGAUUCCAGAGCCGGGCGUGGAGCCGGGACAAGGGGAAGCUCCGGUGCCGCAGUGCCCGCCCCAGGAGCAGCAGCAGCAAAGUGAAUUCCCCCCGAAAUUCCCCCCGGUGUCCAUCCCUGACCCUGUCCCGUGUGCCCAGGAAAAACAGGAAUGCAAAGAAAUCCCGGUGUCCAUCCCAGAAAAACAGGAAUGCCAGGAGAUCCCAGAAAAGCAGCAGUGCCAGGAAAUCCCGGUGUCCAUCCCUGAUCCAGUCCCGUGUGCCCAGGAAAAGCAGCAGUGCAAGGAAAUCCCGGUGUCCAUCCCAGAAAAGCAGGAAUGCAAGGACACCCCUGUCCCCAUCCCAGUUUCAUGCCCUGAACCCAUUCCUUGUGCCCAGGAAAAGCAGGAAUGCCAGGAAACUCCGGUGCCAAUCCCGGUUUCGUGCCCUGAACCCGUCCCGCAUUCCCAGGAAAAACAAGAAUGCAAAGAAAUCCCGGUGUCCAUCCCAGAAAAACAAGAAUGCAAGGAAAUCCCGGUGUCCAUCCCAGAAAAACAAGAAUGCAAGGAAAUCCCGGUGUCCAUCCCAGAAAAACAGGAAUGCAAGGACACCCCGAUCCCAGUCCCACUCCCAGACCCCGUCCCCUGUUCCCAGGAAAAGCAGGAAAUCCAGGAGACCCCGGUUCCCACCCCGUGUUCCCAGGAAAAGCAGGAAUUCCAGGAGAUCCCGGAGCAGCGCUCCCUUCCCGAGAAAUUCCCUCCCCUGGAGCAGCAGGUGGAACAGCCCAGCCUGUGGCAGAAGUAG